AUGUCUGAGCAGUUGAGAGACUUACCAGGCAUACACUCUAGGGAGGAAUCUAUUGAUUGCGAACUUGUUGAAGAGAUUGUCAAACACGUGUAUGAAAAAAUAUUUCCCACGCAACAAAUUGGAAUUAACUCGAGGCUGCUGGAGAUAAAACAUUUGCUUUGCAAGCAACCUUGGGGCAUCCGUCGCAUAGGAAUCUGGGGUAUGCCUGGCAUAGGCAAAACGACACUUGCUAAAGCCUUCUUUGACCAAGUCUCUGGAAGCUAUGAAGUUUCUUGUUUCAUCAAACACUUUGACAAAGCUUUCCACGAGAAGGGAUUGUACCGUUUGUGGGAUGAACAUUUUGGCAAAAUUCUUAAGGAAAUUCCUCGUGUAUGCAGUAGCAUUACAAGACCUAGUCUCCCUUGUGAGAAAAUAAGCAAGAAGAGAACUCUUGUUGUUCUUGAUGACGUGCAAAAUCCUUUAGUAGCCGAGUCUUUCCUUAGAGGGUUUCAUUGGUUUGGCCCAGGAAGCCUAAUCAUCAUAACCUCCAGAGAUAAAAGAGUUUUCCGCCUUUGUCAGAUUAGUCACGUGUAUGAAGUUAAGAGCUUAAAUGAGAAUGAGGCUCUGCAGAUGAUCUCUCGGUGUGCAUUCGGAGAAGAUAUAAAAGAACAAAAUCGCCCGGAACUGGAACUAUCAAAGAGAGUGAAUGACUAUGCUAAUGGAAAUCCAUUAGCCCUCAGCUUUUACGGCAGCGAGCUUAAAGGAAAGAAUCUGUCAGAAAUGAAGACCACAUUCCUUAACUUCGAGCUACAAACUCCAAAUAUGUUUCAGGAUUUACUUAACAGCAGCUACGAAACACUUAAUGACAACGAGAAGGAAAUUUUUCUGGACAUUGCUUGUUUCUUCAAGGGAAAUGAUGUUGAGUAUGUGAAGCAACUGCUUGAUGGGUGUGGUAUGUUUCCACAUGUUGGGAUUGAUGUUCUUAUGGAGAAGUGUCUGGUGACUCUUUCAAAAAACAGAGUUGAAAUGCAUAGAAUUGUCCAAAACUUUGGCAGAGAACUAAACAACAGAGAAACAAUAGGGAACGAGAGGGGUCGCAGGCUGUGGGAACCUUCUACCAUCAAAUUUCUACUUGAAGCAAAUGGACAACAUCCCGAAGAAACCAGUAAAAGAGCUCUGGUCACGGAAGACAUCAAAGCCAUAUCUCUGCAUUCAGCGGAUUUGCGCUUUGAUGUGAAACCCACUGCUUUUGUAAAUAUGCUUAACCUUAGAUUCCUGAAGAUUUAUUAUUUCAAUGAUGAAAGCAUUUCUGGACUCCGCCUUCCAGAAGGACUCGACUCUCUGCCUGAUGGGCUAAGACUCCUCCACUGGGAGAAGUAUCCUUUGCAGUCCUUGCCACAAGAUUUUGACACAUGCCACCUUGUUCAACUCAAUAUGCCUUACAGUCAGCUUCAGAAACUUUGGAGAGGAACCAAGAAUCUCGAUAUGCUGAAGAUGGCGAGGCUAUGCCACUCCCUGCAGCUGACUGAAAUUGAUGAUAUAUGUAAAGCUCAAAACAUCGAGUUAAUAGAUCUUGAAGGUUGUACAAAACUUCAAAGUUUUCCAGCGACGGAUCAGUUACAGCAUCUCCGAGUUGUAAACCUCUCAGGUUGCAGUGUGAUCAAAAAUUUCCCAUUGCUUUCACCAAAUAUUGAGGAACUUAAUCUUCAUGGAACUGCCAUUAGAGAGUUACAAAUAUCCAUUGGAAAUGCCACCAAUCUCAAGAAGUUAUAUCUUAGUGGAUGUUCAAGUCUGACGCGGCUUCCCUCCUCGAUUUGGCAUGCAUCUAAUCUUGAAAUACUGGACCUCAGUAAUUGCUCAAGUCUUAUGGAGCUUCCUUCUUCCAUCAGAAAUGAUACUAGUCUUGAGAGUUUGAAUUUGGAAUACUGCUUAAGUUUGGGGGAACUCCCUUCGUCCAUUGGAAAUGCCACUAAACUUAAGAAAUUGUGUCUUCGUGGAUGUUCGGGUCUUGUGAAGCUCCCCUCUUCGAUAGGGAAUGCUAUUAAUCUUCAAGAGUUGAAUCUUGAAUAUUGUUCAGGCAUGGUGGAGCUCCCCUCAUCGUUUGCAAAUGCCACUAAUCUUAAGAAAUUAUAUCUUACUGGAUGCUUAAGUUUGGAUGAGCUCCCUUCGUCCAUUAGGAAUUCAACUAGUCUAAUAUCUAUAGAUCUCGAUGAUGAAAAUAGCCUGCCUAUUGUUACUGUUAGCGACAACUCAGGAUCAAGGUGUAUUGAGGUUAGGCAUGCAAAGAGAGGGAAGUUCUACAUCCUGGAGGGUGAACAAAAGGAUGAACACUCAGUGUCCUUAACUUUUCGUCUUGUAUAUGAGAAUGGAUGUAAACUGAUCAUCUCUUGUUUCUCUAUCUAUCAAACUAACGACACUGCUUAUAAGGUGUCCAGGGAGAUGACUGAGCUACUCGAGUUAACUGACCUUCACGUCACCUUUAUAGCGGAACUGAUUGAUAUAUUACUUGUCAACUUGAUACCCACCUGGAAAACCAGGGUUACAGUUGAUCAUAUCAUUCAUCCACUACGGAAUGAUCGGAGUGAAGCUACGACUCAGACAGGAGAGGCAAGUGAUUUUCGUUAUUAUGUACCGGUUAGUCACUCGGAAACCUCAGAUUCCUCAGAGGAAGGUGAGACUGAAGAAAAAGAGGGGAGCUCCAAUCAUGAAGCAAACGAACAAGGUCGCUUGGAGGAAGAAAAGAGAUUAAGACAGGAACUGGUGGUGAUAGAAGCUGAGUAUCUAGAAGAAAUGAAAGCGAUAACAAGGAAACGAAAAGCCAUAAUGGAGACAAAGAAAAAGUUGUCUCUGAUAUAAAUACCACAGGUUGACUAGGUACAAAACCGAAAAAAAAUCGAGUGUUGUAA